UGCUGCCGGGUCUUUGAAAAUGUCAAUUUCGCGAUUUAUUUAUCGAAAAAAUAAAGGGAUUGCGUGUUGGAGCUCGAUUUUGCAUUAGCAGACAGAAAAGAAAUCGGAAGCAAUAUUUUGUGGCACUGUUACAAUUUUGGAUCAGUUAUUCUAACGUUCAAUAUUAAUUAUUUCGAGGAUAAUUCAAAAUACGCAGAUCAGUGCUUUGCAUUAUGUUUCGUCAACUUGCGUGCAGCCGGUAUUCGGCUCUGAAACGGAAUUUAUCUACUGCAUCGAUUCCUAAAAUUAACCCAAUUGUAUUGUCCAACACUAAAGCUUCAGAUCGCUAUAAACCGGGAGACCGUUAUAAUGGAUUCGUUUGCAUUCGGUCACAGUACAUUCAGGAUUUCAACAUGACCGCGUAUAUGUUCCAGCAUGAACGAACCGGAUUGGAAUAUUUGCAUAUUGAUCGCAAUGAUUCGAAUAAUGUUUUCUCGAUCAAUUUCCGUACUACACCGUUUGAUUCCACCGGCCUUCCACACAUCUUAGAACAUAGUGUGCUGUGCGGGUCAAAGCGCUAUCCGGUGCGUGAUCCUUUUUUCAAAAUGUUGAAUCGAAGUAUGGCGACGUUCAUGAACGCGAUGACAGGACCAGAUUACACAUUAUAUCCGUUUUCAUCUAUGAAUGAGAUUGAUUACAGAAAUCUGCAGUCGAUAUAUCUAGAUGCCGUGUUCCGACCGAAUUUGAAGUAUCUGGACUUUCUGCAAGAAGGCUGGCGCUUAGAACAUUCAAAUUUAAAUGACAAGAACUCUGAGCUGAUGUUCAAGGGCGUGGUGUAUAAUGAAAUGAAAGGAGCGUUCAGCGAAAAUUCGGCAUUGUUUGGACAGAAAUUUUUCAACAAGAUUCUACCGGAUCAUACUUAUGGUUAUGUAUCUGGUGGUGAUCCUUUGGAGAUUCCGAAACUAACGCACGAGGACUUGGUAAACUUCCAUAGCAAGUAUUACCAUCCGAGCAAUGCCAGGAUAUUUAGUUACGGAAAUUUUGAUUUGGAUAAAACAAUGGAAUUUGUGCACGAACAAUAUCUAAAUGAUUUCGAUAGAAUUGACCCGAGUUACAGCAUAAUUCCGGCACAGAAGCGUUGGGUGGUUCCCCAGCAGCAUCACGUACAUAGUCGAUUGGACACAAUGGGAGCACCGUUGGAGCGUCAAAAUCAAAUCGCGAUCGGAUAUCUGAUGGCGGACAUUACUAAUGUUUAUGAAACAUUCGUUGUGUAUAUAAUGAGUGAAUUAUUGAUCAAGGGCCCGAAUUCAUACUUUUACAAAAGUCUAAUCGAACCAAAUUUGUCUGGUGGUUACAAUCAGUUGACUGGGUACGAUCCUAAUAUACGGGACACGAUGUUUGUGGUAGGGCUGCAAGAUGUUGCGGUGGAGGAUUUCAAAAAAGUGCAGCAAAUAUUCGAUCAAACUAUAGACGAAGCUAUCGAGAAAGGAUUCGAGAAAAGUCAUCUCGAAAGUGUGCUACAUUAUAUCGAGCUACAUGUAAAACAUCAAUCGACUAAAUUUGGCUUGGGAUUGCUGUUCAAUUUAACUCCGUUGUGGAACCACAAGGGAGAUUUGUUCAAAUCACUCAACAUAAGCUUGCUGGUGGACGAGCUGAAAGGAAAUUUAGAACGUGAUCCAGCAUAUCUUCAGAAGAAAGUCAAGUACUAUUUUAGGAACAAUAAGCACCGAUUGACGAUGACUAUGUCCCCGGAUAAACUAUACGAAAGUAAAUUUAACGACAGUGAGAAGAAAAAUUUGACGAAAAAAAUCGACGACUUAACAGACGAUGAUCUUCUGAAAGUUUACGAAGAUGGUUUGAAAUUGUCUGAAUCACAACAGGCAGUUCCUAAUACAGAAGUAUUGCCAUGCUUAAAGAUUGACGACAUACGAAAGUUUGGCGAAGAGAGUGACAUAAAGGAGCAAACUAUUAAAAACAUCCAAACUCUAACUUGUACAGUUGACACCAAUGGAGUUACUUAUUUUCGUGGAAUUUUAGAUGCUAAAACCCUCACAGAAGAGCAAAAGCUGCUUAUUCCUCUCUUUAAUGCAGUUAUCAAUCAAUUUGGCACUGAAAAACUGAACUACCGGGACUUCGAUCAGAUGGUAAACUCCAGAACAGCGGGCAUCAAUUUUAGCAUUCAUUUGGUGGAAAACAUCGACGACAAAGAAAGGUACCAGUUUGGUGUUCUGUUUGGAUCAUACGCCCUAAACAAAAACGUUCCCCAGUUAUUUGAUAUUCUACAGCAAAUUUUCAAUGAAAUUGAUCUCACUGACGCCUCGCGUUUCAAAAUGUUGCUGGAAAACUACUUGUCCGAAUUGUCGGUGGGGAUCGCACAAUCCGGCCAUAUGUACGCAAUGCAAAACGCAAACGGACUAGUCACUGAAUCAGGACGUCUUCGGGAACAGUUAAUGGGUAUCGAACACAUUGCAUUUAUGAAGGAUCUGGCGAAGAAUAAUACUCCGGAACAAAUUCUGGAAAAGAUUAGAUCCGUUGCUGAAGCAUUAUUCGCCACAUCCAGCCUUCGAUGCGCCCUCAACUAUGACCGUGACUCGGAGUUGGAUGUUCUGGCAAAUUAUGAACGGUUUAUCGCCAACAUUCCCUCUAGGGAAAAUCAAGCAUCGUGGAAUACCUCGCAACAACUGAGUCCCUCCUGCCGCCAUACUAUCAUGAACAUACCGGUUAACUUCUGUGCGAAAUCGAUUGUUACCGUUCCGUAUUCUCAUCCUGAUUACGCGCCACUCAAAGUGUUGGCCAAGUUUCUGUCUGCCAAAUAUCUGCUACCGGUGGUACGCGAACAAAACGGUGCUUAUGGAGCUGGUGCUAAAAUUUCCACCGACGGUCUGUUCAAUUUCUUUAGCUACCGAGAUCCGAAUGCUCGAGUGACUCUGGAUGUGUUUGACCGCACUCACCAGUGGACGACCGAGAAUUUGGAAAAACUUGACCAACAGACUCUGUUCGAGGCUAAGCUAGGGGUACUGCAACAGUUGGAUGCUCCGAUUGCACCUAUGGACCGAGGAAUGGAGCUUUUCCGCCAUGGAAUCAGUGAAAAGCGACUCGAAAAACAUCGGGACGCAGUACUAUCGGUGCGCAAGGAACAGCUUGUGGAAGUGAGUCAUAGAUACCUAAGGCCUGGAGCAGUGAAAGUCGUUGCAAAAAGUGUUCUAGGACCGGCAAACGAUGGCUUGAAAAAAGACGGCGAGAUGUGGUCCGUAGUGCAGCUGUGAGCUGCUUGAAUGGGACACAAUAGCAUAAUCUGUAACAUUGAAUGAGUUGUAAAUAUAAUUGUUUCGUUUAAUAUUGUUA